AUGGGUCUUUAUGAUGUCGGUAGUGCACUUGUUCGGGGAGAUAUGGAUCCCUCCGACAGCUUUGCAUGGAAUGAAUAUCUCGAGAAAACUGGUGGUAGUCCAGCUGCUUGGGAAUGCUUCAAACAGGUACGUAUCUCUGUUAUAGAAUUUGUGUAUUUAUAUUUUCAUAUAUUCCGCGUUUAUUUUUCGAUUUUUGUAUAUUUAUUACUGAUUUACGUGACAAAUAUCAAUUAA